UGGCUGAAGCUGAUGGCGGACCGAAGGAGGCAUCAUAGAGGCAUUGACAUCUAAUGUUUACAUGAAUGUUCCAGCACCUUCCCGAGUUGACCAUGUGAUGCUGGAACCCAACUGGCUCACCAGAUGGUUUACUUCCACACUGUUGCUUGGAAACCGCAGCAGGGACACUUGUCAGCCUCGUGCAGCUGUCGCUGUGCCAGCACUUUUGCUACUGUCCUUGUGACAUGUGGAGGCCCCGCAGCAGCCUACACAGCAUUUGAAAGAGCUGCGAAAGCAACGAUGGGAAACCUGCUCUGCUGUGUCUGCAGGGACCACAAGUCAGGGGUAGAUGAUGGUGGCAGCACGGGUGGAAGGUAUGGUUUUCACCGAAGACAGAGCUCUCGUUCGCUUCCCGUAGAGGCUCAUGAUGGCUCAACUGAGCGGCGCCGGUCUAGCUCUGCUUUCAGCUGGCAUGGCACGAGGGGCUCACUUAGUGCACCUGCAACAAGCUACGUGGAACAUCUCAUCCUCGAAACCCUUUCUAUCAUUCGGACCUUGGUUGACAAUGAGCAGGAGCCUCCACCCUUCAUGAUCAAGCUGCACCUGAUAGCUGACAAAGAGUCUGGCUGGCUUUUGGUCGUCCGAUCCAUGGUGAAUGCGAUACCUAUGGAUGACCCCUUAGGCCCGGCUGUCAUUACUCUCAUCCUUGAUGACUGCCCUCUACCAACUAAGGAAUCCGUGGGAAAGUUGUCGCAAAUGUUUCAACUCUCGAGAGAGCUCUCGCUGAGUGGCAGGAACAACCCAACGUGGCAUCGAAACAUUUGUGUUGUUCUUGGAUGCAUUGCAGAGAAGCUUGCAGGACCAAGCAGUGUUGCACUUCUGACAGAAGACACACUUGAAUACCUCAUCGCAAAUUUGGAUCCUGUUACAUGCAACACUCUUGUGAUCUUGUUCUCGCUUAUCGCCUUGGAGAAAUUUGCUCAAACAAGUGAGAACAAAGUAACCCUGGAAAAGCGCCUGUCAGGGCUACCAGAGAACCCUCUGGCGAAAAUGGAACCUUGGGUUAGCAGUGAAGAUUUUGUGGAGCGUCAAGUUGGCUUCUGUGCCCAAUGGUGUCUGGACAACCUUUUCAUCCUCGAGGGACGUCGUUACACGUACGAGGUUACCGACCGAACCAACAUUAACGCCAUGCUCAACAGCAAUGAUGUCAGCGAGUAUCUGAAAAUCUCCUCAAACGGUCUCGUGGCACGAUGUGACGCAUCGUCAUUUGAGAGCGUACGCUGUACCUUUCAAGUGGAUUCUGGUGUCUGGUUCUACGAGGCCUUAAUUGUCACUUCAGGCGUAAUGCAGAUUGGCUGGGCCACCCGAGAAAGCAAGUUUCUCAAUCACGAGGGUUAUGGAAUUGGUGACGACGAGUUCUCAAUAGCUUAUGAUGGGUGCCGGCAACUUAUCUGGUACAAUGCCCUGAGCCAAAGCCAUAACCAUCCUUGCUGGAAACCAGGCGACAUCCUGGGCACCUUGCUUGACAUGAAAGCAUUCCAGAUUACGUUUUACCUCAAUGGAGAGCCCCUGCCACCAAACACUCAAGUCUUUCAGAAUGCCAAAUCUGGUUUCUUUGCUGCCGCCAGUUUUAUGACAUUUCAGCAGUGUGAGUUCAACUUUGGACGCUCACCGUUCAAGUUUCCUCCUAGUGGAGUUCAGUUCUCUUGCUUUAAUUCUUUUGCCCACCUGUCUGAGGAGGACAAAAUUAUUCUGCCAAGGCACAUUCGUAUGGAGAAGCUAAGGCACAGUAGUGUCCGUGAAGAUUCCUGCACCCUAUGUUUUGACCGCAGUGCUGCUGUCCGGCUGGAGCCUUGCCAACACAAGGGUUUCUGCAGUGAAUGUGCCAUACAGCUGGAGGUAUGCCCCAUGUGCCGAAGUGAGAUCCGGGAGCGGAUAGAAGCAUCUCUGUAGCUUCUAGACUACAACCUUGCCAGCAGUGCUGCUUGGUUCAGGAGAUAUUAUGCCUAAAAAUGCAACCGCUGCAGAGUCCACUGGCUUUCAGCUGAUUGCUUGAGAAAUGUGGCAUACUGUAGGAAAGAGUGUGGCAUGCAGCAUGGAAUGAAAAUAUGGGUUACUGAUACUUGUGAAGCUGUUCUGACUUUUGUUUUAUUCACUGUUAGUUUUUUGCACUGAAGGGAUCGUGUGUUUUCAACAAUGGAAACAUGCUUUCAUAGUUUUCAUCACGCAUCCAUUGUAGGUACUGAAUUGGAGAAAGACAUGUGGCCAAGAGUUGUUUGAACAAAGUCAGUUGUAAUGGUGGUGCAUAAUUUCUGACAGGGUAUUUUCAGAAUUAUCUGAUGUUGUGACUGCAUUUUGAGUGGUGAUAUGUUAAAAUUUAUUUGUGACUGGUUUGGAAGACUGGGACUAGCAAUUGCGGCCAGUUGCAGUGGAACUCCAUGGUGUUAUAGGGACCGUGCGACACCUAGAAGUGGCUAUUGGUGGCGCUGCAUCAACACCACCAAUGGCCAGGGCAGCACUAAUGGUUUUCUGCUUUGUCUAGCAACAUAUUUUUCUGUGAACGCUGAGAGUUUCUUUGGUCAGAAUCAUGGGGUCACACAUUUUUCACACAGCACAUAUACCUUGACAGCUGAAAACAAUUAUCCUGAACAAAAAUUGGGCAAAGUAAACUGUGCAUGGUACCUCUCAGAAGAGAAUGUGUAUAGGUCACUGGAAGUAUAUCUAAACAUUGUACUUAUAGUUCAAACUCUACCCUGCAAAAUAAUGUACUACCCUCUACAUAGUCACUUUAAUGUGUUUUUAAAGCACGCAAUAAAUUCUUGUAACAAAUUUAAUAGACAUCAGUGUUGGGUGCAAAUCUGUGCAAAUCUGUGCAAGAUGGGGCAGACGCAAAUUGACAAAUCAUCUGCUGCUGUGGUUUCGGGGCUGUGGCGUUGUGCAGCUGAGCAAAAGGUCACAGGUUGAGUUCCUAACGAUGGUGACCUCAUUUCAAUACGGUGAAAUGCAAGCAUGCUUAUUUAUAGGUAUACAGUGAAACCUCGGUGAUACGAUCACGGCUCAUACGAAUUUCGGGGUGAUACGAAUUUUUCUUUGGUCCCGGCCAAGGCCUAUAGGCAUGCAAUGUUAAUGGAGUACGGUUGUUGCGAACAGAUUUUCACCCCGCGACGUUUGAUACGAGCGUACACCACCGCGCAGGUACGAAGAGGAGCUGUGCGCGCUGUCGCGGAAGACGCGCCAAGCACGUGCGGGCGCAGAAACGCAAAUGCGGGCAUGCGCGCCGCGCGGCCAAUUCGUCAGAAUCACGGUGUAAGAAAAAUACUUUUCUUACACGGUGGUCACAAUAAAUCUUCAGUGACGCGUCGUAGCCUCCGAGAUUGUUUGCUCGAAUCUUGGGGGCCCUAAUGUGCCUCCGUAUGUUUUCGUGUUGAGAAUAUACAAGCCAUGUCCUCCAUGCAAGAGAUGUCCUCGUGCAUCAGACAUCCUAUGAUCUCUCGAAAAACAUCCGAAAAACAUUUCGAGGAUCUCUCGAAAAAUAUCCCCAACACCACCGCGAUAAGAAAAUAAUAACGUAGGACCGCGUUUUUGAAAUUUUGGAAGCGGUUCUUAAGUAAAUUUCGCCGCACUACUCUGGUAUCAUGCGGAAAAGCAUAGUGAGAUUUGGAAAGGGCUACUAGCUGGCGGGUCACAACAAACCUGGUUCAAUAAUUACAUGCGCGUGCACGGGCCGUAUAUAUAAGAGUGCAGGUAUAAUUGUUGGCAUCUAAAAACUUCAGUGGCAAUCAUUCAGAGCUGUUCGUGGCUUUGCUGCGGCCUUGAAAAACAAUGAUUGAAAAUGUAAGCCAGCUUUCUUUUGUCGCAGGCUAAUUUUCCAUACUUUCUGGUGAUACGAAUUUCGGAUGAUGCAAAUAUUUUUUAACGAUCCCGCGAGAUUCGUAUCACCGAGGUUUUACUGUAUAAUGAAAACCUCAGGUGGUCAAAAUUAAUGAAGCGCUCCAGUAUGGCAUCCCUCAUGACCCACUGUGCACUUUCCGAGCACUAAAUUCACAUCACACGUUCACUAUAAACAAAGCUUUACAGUGACGAACUUCUUUUAUAAAAUGACCAUCUGGCUGUAACCAUUUGCACUGCAGUAUGUAUUCAUUUAGACAUUAUAGGAAGACAGCGGAGCGGAUCAGAGAAUGAACAGGCAGCCGAUAUUUAAGUUGACAUCAGAAGAAAAGAAAAAGGAGCUAGGAAGGCCAUGUAAUGUGUAUGACAGAUAAGCAGUGGUCAGUUAGAACAAUGGAAUGUGUACCAUGGGAUGGUAAGUGCAACCGAGGAUGGGAGAAAGUUGGGAGCGGUGAAGGAAUAAAAAAAAUUUGCCAGCAUAAAAUGGAGUCUGCUCGUGCAAGAGAGAGUAAAUAGGAGAUCAUUAGGGGAGGCCUUCAUCUUGCAAUGAACAUAAAUAAAAAAGGUUGAUGAUGAUGUGAUGAUGAUUUAGACUAAGUACUAUCAGCAACGACUGUAGAUGGCGACAGAACAUACAAGCAGCACAUGGGAUACAAGUGGAGCUUAAUUUUACUUGGGGACUUUGCAUGCUCAGCAUUUUUUAAAGAAUUUUGUAGCAUUUCUUCUAGCAGUAUUCUCAUUCAUGUGACAUGAAUGCACAACCAUGUACAGAAUGAUAUUUUUUUGGCAGUUAUGCGUCCAUUUUACUCUAAAUCUGUGCCGAGUAUAGGGGAUACAGAACCAUCCCUAACUUCAUUCAAAUGAUAGAUUGAACUUUAAGGAGCUAGACACAGCCAGGCGGAUAAGGUGUCCACCUGGGCAGUUUUCCUUCAGCAUGACUAGUUUUUUUAGAAAGUUAGUUUUCGUAAAGAGCCUUGCUUCAUAUUGUGCAUGUCACACUCGCUUGCUGUCCACUACAUCUUGCACGCAAAGUAGCUCAAAAGUGCGCUGCCAAGGUGGCACCUUUGUGCAUGUCACUCGGUCCCUGUAACUGCCAUUUCACGAUGCAAAUUGCACGAGUAGAUAGGACAUUUGGUUAGCCAUGAGUGUUGCAUCAAGAUAAACAGCUCAAAUUUUUGUAGCAAAUCUUUUUCCAUGGAUGCUGAAACAUAAACAGGCACAGCUACUAAACAACCUACUUGUGUCAGAACAGCUUUUGAAAGCAAGUGUGUGAAUCAUUUUUAAAUCUUUUGUGCAUUACUACUUCUCUUUUGAUCUGAUGUUCAAGGGUAGAGCUAACAGUAGUAGUCUGUCAGCUAUCUACCGCUGCAAAAUAAUUGAAGCUUGUGUUUUUUUACUGGAAAAGACUAGCGUUCUUCUGUUUUUUGAAGAUCUGCUUUGAUCGCAUAGGUACUUUUAUCAAAUUGUGGUUCUUGCAGACAUGUACAGUCAAAAUGUAAAUGGUGGUUCUCGGGAGUGCAAAAAACAAAACAAAACAAAGCUGUUAUGUGAUUCAUGGCGGUCUCAGAAAAUCAAUAAUUAGAUAGCUAGUUGUUGCAAGGACAUUAUAGCUGAGUGUCAGUUUACUUUUGGCACGAGCAGUGCAUUGACAGCAAAUGAAAAAGAAGGAAUUUCUAUCAAUAAUAUAUUAUGUUAGUACAAACCCUGUGGUGGCGUUUCAUACAAUUUCGAAAUUACAUUAUGUGUAGAAUUUCAUGUAAAACAUCGGUAUGGGGAGUUAUAAAAAGAUAUUUCUUGUUUAUGUAAAGGUGUGGGAAUUUGAAAGAAAUUCCUGCUUUUCCUUUGUUUUUUCACAAAGCAAAUUCCAUCUGUCAUGGAGCGUGCUGUGGAAUUCCUAUGCACACUUCCCUCCUCACUUGAAUUUCAAGUGCUCAAAAGCUGCGUUGCAGCGUGCUGAAUAAGGAAUGUGUAAACGCAGUGGCAAUCAUUGUCUAAACAACACGGGUGUCUUUAUCCUCACUGCAAUCUCCUUUCCAAACCACAAUGUGUGCAUAUUGUUUUAAUUUGAAUCAAGUUUCGUAAAGUAGGCAUUAAAGUUCAGCAAGACUUCAGCACAGUCAUUCGUAAAGGUUUUUUGUGGUUGCUGCAGCUGAUUCUGUUUUAGUUUUAAGUGGCAAUCUACAGCAUUGCCUUCAGUUACAGGUUAAGCCUGUAGAUUAUAGAAAUCUUCAAAACACCAUAAGAGUGGUGUGUGCACACUGAAAUGUCAUUCUACUUUCAAGUGCUCUGGCCUCGAAAAUAUGACGAACUGAAUUGUACAGAAAGCACUUUAUUAAAUUACUGCAGAUUUCAUAAAUAUUGCUUCAUUAUCCAUGACCACCAGUUGCGCAUGUUGUAUUCUGUAGAGAAUGGAAGUGUAGUCAAAAUUUGUUUCGUUUCCCUCGUCUGAAAGGUAUCCCAGCUAACAUGCAGCAAUUUUUUUAGAAAGGCGAAGCCGUCUAUGUGUAUGAAACUGAGUGUUUAUUGUUCGCAGCCACCUGAAGCAACCUUCAGUAUUUUUUUGUUUUUAAAUAAUUAGCAUUGAUAAAUUUUUAAUGGUUAUCUUUAUGACCACUAUUUCAAUACUAGAGUUUUAGAGCACACUGGGAAACAUUAAUUUUAUUUGCAGUGCACUAACUGUAGCAAAAUUUUAUAUUGCGGUAAAGAUAUACAAAAACUUCAGUCACACUAACAAUGUCAGUAUCAUGCCAACAAUUGCAAUGCCCACCACCCUAUUUAAUUUUCCACCUGUUUCUGGUAACAUUGUUUGUUAGCAUUAAGCUGAGUGCAAAACCCCAGAGAGCACUUGAAGUGGCAGAAAGCAUGGAAAGAGGAAGGGGCAUGUGACAGGCCAGUCUUGCAAGAGCAACCAGUUUUCAGGCGAGAAGGCUGGUGCUUCAAUGCACGCUCUCUCACUAUACGUUGAAUGUUGGUUACAUGAUCUGUCAUGUUUUGGGCGGCACAGUGAAAUAUAAAGGGAGCAGCAGCCCAGAAUUUUCGCUUGUGAAAGUGGCUCAUGUGACGCCUCAUGUGUGUAGUUGGCAAGCAGGUGUUUACUGCAAUCUGUACUUACCAUGAAACUAUCUUUUGCUGACUCUGUCACUAUUUUGCCUGCAAACUUUUUUUCACACAUUUCAAAAAUCAUGAAAUUUUUUUUCAGUUAACAACUGUCUCCUGCUUGCACACACAACAGCACUGGUCUGCCGACAGAGUACACUAGCUUCAUGUGUAACCUUGAAUUUUGGCAGGUUUUACUUUACUGUGGCUGCCGCAUUCCUGCUAGUGGUAAUCUUCACAUUUAGUUUGAAUUUGACGAGUCCAAUGUUUUUUUCAUAAACAAUAAGUAAUCCGUGAAAACCAAGUCAUUCUACAGCUCAUGCUGGAUUUGCCAUGUCAAGUGAACCCACCUCAAAGAGAGUAAAUGCGUCAGGCUUUCUUGAAGGGGUGUCGGACUUUAAUAUGGUUAUUGACAAUGGGAGAUUAUAAUGAUUUGCAGGGCUGCUUACGAUUACGAUCAACAGCAAUAUAAGUUUGAGUCCCAGUGAGCAUUACGACUAAGUUUCAUUUUAUGUCGAAUUAUACGAUAUACCGAACUAAUUACCUUUUUUUUUCUGAGUUUGAUAUAUGCGGGUUUUAUUGUAGCAUUAAUUUAGUAAGCGCUGAGUAAUGAGCCAUGCUAACUAUUUAAUGAAAAUACUGGAGGCUUUGCCUUCUUGAAGCUUGUUGCGUGUUAGCUGUUCGUUGUAACCAAGGACAUACAGGUACACCCUGUAUGCCCUUUGCUUAACCCUUUGAGUGUAGAAUUUUUUUGGAAAAAACUUCCCCAGGUGGUCAUAUUACUUUAUUGCAGAUUUUGAAUGUACAAAAUGUGUAAAGUCGGGACAAAAUUCUAAAAAAAAUCAGGUACAGAAUUAUGGUGUCAGCAUCACUCAGAACUGCAAUAUGUUCCAUAGUAUUUCAGAGCGUGGUAUUCCUUGAAACACGGGUCUAUGCACAGCGCCUUAUUGCAGUCCACACACAUAAAAUACGUGUCCGGUCUCCUCUUGGAAUGACGAGUUGUGUUGACACACGCACACCAUCUUCUCUGCCUGCGGCUGCCUUGACCAGAGUGAACUCAGUAAACAAGGACAGCGAGAAUACUUUUUGAGCAUCAGUGAUAAACAAGCUAAGAGCAGCACCAAUAAAGGUUGAAUAAAGUGCCGAUAAACACAAAAAUCAAGUUUCACGCGCCUCCGUUGCGAUCACGCGGCCAAACUGAAACCACGAAAGGGUGUUGUCGCAGAGCGCAUGAGGCGCUGAAGCUAGAAAUCAGUGUUGUUUAUCUCCGCAAGAAGGUAGCACAAUCAUUUCAGAUGCUUCUUGUAAGUCCUAGGAGGUGGCAGCAUCUCCCAGUGAGUAUGCAUCGUCAUUAUGGCGCGAAAUUGCAAACGGUGGGUCGAAAACGUACCUGUACGGCAAAGACCUUGCAGGACAGACAACCGCUGCCGUACAUGUAUGGCAAAAACACUCAAAGGGUUAAAAGGCCGAGCUACAAUUAGGUGCCAGCCAGCAACAGUGCUGACAUCAUGCUCUGCUUACACGUGGGUCAAUACACCCCCCCCCCUAUUUAUUUUUUCAUGUAGAACAACAAUGUAAUGAAUGUGUUUCUGGCUGAUUUAUGCCCUGCAUUAUGGAAAAGUGCGUGCAUUAGUUUUUAUUCAGCUCUUGAUGCCACUCCCCAUUUAAAUUGUGUGGAAAGCUUCCUUUGUCUGCUGAAUAUCAAAAUGAUUUUCCCUUUUUUUAAUUUUUUUAACUGGUCCAUCUCCUGAGCUAAUAUCAUGCACUUAGCUUUUCUUUCUUUUUUCUUUUCAUGUGAGGGCAAGCUUUACACAAUGUGGCGGUGCUCAUGCAUAGUCCCUUGAAAGGUUAUAGCCUGCCAUUCAUUUAUAUUCAGCUGAAGUGAGAUAUAGGGCAUUUAAUAAGGUGGUGUUACUCUAUCUAUAGUAAUCACUAUGGUGAUGUGACAUGUAGAGGUUAUUACAAAAAGGCAAAAAAUUGCAUUUGGAGCUAAAGAGAUGAAGGUUCAAUUUAUGCUUUAGGUGCUUUCAUAAAAGAAAGUGGCAUAGCAUUUAAUUCUGUUACAUGCAAGCUCACAGUUUCUAUUUACGAUAAAGAAUUGUACAAGAUUACAAGAGCUAUCGUCUUCUGCCAAGAUGUGGUCUGAUUGUCCUCUCAUAGCCACACUGUAACAGACAGUACAGUGGCCAUUUCUUGUUUAAUCAAAAUCAAGAUUUCAUGGGUGCAUGUGUGCAAUGUGCAUGCAUUGUUUGUAUACUGUGCAAUGCAGCACUGCCUUUGCAUUGGACCUUUCAGAUUUUGACAAAAUACAACUGAAGUUGUCUGAAUUUCAGGCACUAUUUUUGGUUUGCAUUCAGUAAAUUUUGGGGAAAUAUUUUUUUGUUUUAUGCUAUCUUGAGCAUCUUUUCAUGCGCUUCUCCAGCUAACAUAUGGGCUAUAUUAGAGUCCUAACCAAGCCAGUUCUAUGACCUUGUAUGAGGCAAAACAAGGGCACUUUCUUUAAAGCAGUAUCUUGACUAGCUUUGUAAAUGCUGUGACAACCUGUUAAAAAAAAAAUGAAGAAAACCUUUAUUCUGGCUACAACACAGUUACAUUUAGGCACUUCUUGAAGCCCCCCCCCCCCUUGAUUUUAUAUGGCUUGUAACUAUAGCCUGUCAGGUUCAUUGUAAGUUGGUAGCGUUACUCCAGCUGCAUAUUUUGACGUCCUACUUUCGAGAACAAUUUUUGCCAGAAUAUAUAAUGUAGGGGAGCUGAUUAGCCACUAGUGCUCCUCUCCCUUCUGCCAUUGCAGAGUUCAUUCUUGUAGCAUUACAUUCAUUCGCCUAUAGUGGACAGCUGUUGUUUGGUAGUACUGUUCACACUUCCUGAAAUGUAUCUAGUGCAGGGCAAAGAGUGUCCUUCCAAUACCUUUCAGCAGUUGGCUUACUAUGUGGCCGUUUUGAAUAUAGGUAACUUCAAAAAUUGGCAGGUACAGAGAGCAAUUGCAAUUGGAUUUGAAUAAUUGUCAUCCAUCUCUUAUGCAGUUCAUUGCUCAGGUUUUUGCAAGUCUAUGGGCGAUGAUGAGACUGUGUGUUCUGAUUUCGUUAUAUAAUUUGUGUGCUUUGAAUGCAAAGAAAUGUGUUAAUUGUAUUUCCUUUUUUUUUUUUAAGUCAAGCGAAAGUUAUGUCUUGUGAUGUGCAAAAAGCCUGUGGUAGAGUGUUCUUCUGACCAGACAGUGUGCGAGUGAUUUGACCAUUUGUAAUUGAAUUCGCUGGCAGCUCCUACUUAUGCCUUUGAUGUCCAAGUGUCCAUGACCAAUGGAAGCCCUACAGCAACUAGACUGUUAAGAACCGUUAGUAAACAGGGUCAACUGUAUAAAGAUGGCACAAGACCUGUAUCCUGCCCUUUUGAACAUGCAUGCAACACUUUAACAUAUGGUGCCAAGCAAGAUGCUGCUUUGCAUUCUGUUUCAUUGUGUAGCCAAGAAGAGCACCUGCAGUACUGCAGGGUGCUUGUUACGAUACCAUGCUGAUUCACAUGCAAGGAAAUGUCACCAGUCUGAGCACGUCGCACAAAAGAUAGUAAUAAUGAAGUAGACAGUUGGAAUAACUGCAGUAAUUGGUUCCGUUGUUUAGCGGCCAGUCUUGCCUUUUCAAAAAAAUGAAAAGGCGAGUUAAGCUCCCAAAACUGCUAAGUGGCUGAAUCACUGAAAAACAGCUUGGCAUCAUUCUUUUUGUAGACAUAAAGCAAUACAGCAGCAACCACUGAAUCACUGCUGUGACCAGUAUGUAAGGCUCAUCGUAGUGCAAGUGUAGCAGUGCUGUUUGACACUUCUUAGCAGAAAAUUGCAUUGUUUCAAGCUAUGAUUGCAUUCUUCAGGAUGUCUUUUUCCUGACACGUUGCAUGGCUUUCUCGCCGACCAUUACUGCUUUGCUCAAUUAAUGUCGCAACAUUUGCCAGAAAUUACCCAACACGUAACCUGCAGCUGUCCAUCUUAAUGUCUCGUGCAUAUAUUUUAUCAUUGAAUCUGGGUCAGUGACCAGAAAGGUGCUAAGAAUUAGUUUGUGACCAAAAAUAUUUUAUUCACAACUUUUUUUAACUUUAAGGAUGUAACAUUAACACAUAAUUGCAUAGACACAAAUAACACAAGAAUAACAAGAGGGUGAAGUAUAGGAUGGGGCUGGGCUAUUCUUCACACUCUGUCUCCUUAUGUUUUGGGCUAGUUUUUUUUGUGUGUGGUUGAACACUAGCUUGUCUAACUCCUUACCCUGUUGUAUUUUCAUGUACAUUUCACUAUCAUCAACUUUCAUUGCUGAUGUGGAUGGAUGAUGGUGAGAUUUGAUGCUCCAGUGAGCUAUGCUCAGUUGAAUUGGUCCCUUCCAAAUUCUCUUCAGACGAUGACGGCUUCGGUGCUUAGAGGGACUUUUAUAAGAAAAACGAAGUCGGUACAUAUUUGGCACUUUGUCUGUUAUGCUAUAAUAGCUAUACAGCUGAAACUCGAUUUAAUGAAGUGAUGACUGUGCUCGAAUUGUUUCGUUCAAUCGGGAAAUUUGUAAAAUUGAGAGAAAAGUUUUCAGUCCUUCGAAAAUAAAAAUUGUAAUGUAGCGACACCCAAAAGCUACCGUGGCAUUGAAUUUGCCGAUAAGCUGCGCCUGCGUAUGUGAAAAGUCUGUGAAGGUGGCCCGGACAUGCAACCUCCCAUGUGUGGGCGAUGCAGGUGAAGUACGGUCACGUGAAGCUAUGACAGGUUGCAGAUAUGCAAAGAUGAAAGAAUAAAUGCAGUGAUUGUGUCAGCAGGACAAGCAAGAAAGUACCGAUCAGUGUCAUCUGUUGCAUAAAUUAUGAAAUAAUGAAAGCAACCACCGUGUUCCUGUGGGAGCAGGGACAAUAAACAACCACCACCCCUAGCGCCAUUUGGUAUGUAAGAGUGCUACCAACUGUUUAGUUCUUUCAUCCAUGCACGGGUGAAGCGUAAAGCCUCUUCAAAAUAAAACUAGUGUCAAGGAUAGGAUGGCUAGAUGUUCUAGCGCAACAGCACAUUAGAGUGCACACCCGAAGAGAAACCCGUGUGUGUUAGAAAUAGAAUGAAAUUACCGCAUUUAGAAAAACUUCGUUAAGUCUCGUUUUGUGCCACAAUAGUUUUCUUAAUACAAGUUGAUAAAAACGUUGAACCAUAUGGGUUGGGUAAUAGAAAUUCCUUAUUUAGAUCGGGAAAUUCGUAAAAUCUGGUUUUGUUUGGUCGAGUUUCAACUGUACUACAAAAUUAUAAAGGCCUAUAUGCCAUGAGACAGCUAGUGACAAACAAUCCUAGUAAGUGAAAAUACUUUGCAUAGUCCAGCAAAUUAUAUUGUAUUUUUAGUUACAAACUUAGUUUACUUAAACCAUGUGCCUAGAGGGUUCGCUGGUUAUGACAGCUUUAUUUAUCAUAGCAGUUAACAAAAGCACCAUAUGCCCAGAACGGCUCAGCCGCGACAAAACAGCAUCAUCUGCCCUUUCCUCUUCAUUACAUGCUCUAGUUAUUUCUCUUGUGAAGUCUGACAAUAGAAACAUUACCAUCCGUGUGAUAAAACACCGAGUCAUCUAUCUAGUGAUGAAUGAAGGGUGCAAAAUUGCCGGGCUUUGACUGAGGAAUGCACAAAGUAUGCAGUGGAGUGUAGUUUUUCUGCUUUUACACUGUUUGGCUAUGCCUUUUGUCAACACAUGUGUAAUUUGUGUGAGAUGUAGUACAACCAACCAUUUUUUGCUGUUCCACAUAUGCUAACUUUGCUUGGAGGAUGGCCCGAAUUAGCACAUAUCUUGGAGCUUAUUAGGGUUCUUUAUAGCGAAGCAGUUUUCCCUCGUGAACAAUACACACCAUAAAUGCAAUCCACCGAAAAUGAGGAAUUUGGAUCUUUCAAAAGCGAGAAGGGUAACACGCCUGUUAUUUCCUGGUUAUUACUCUCACUGUAAUCUUUGAAACACUAGAGCAGAUAGACCAAUUGCAAGAUUGACACACAGUAUCAAACACCACUUACGAAUUGCAAGUUCCUUUGGGAAAUACUUGCAUUUUUUGCCAUGUGUCUGCUAGAAUCGUUUCUUGUGCCUGCAUGUGUUUUUAGCCCCUCUGCUUUUUAACUUAUGUGCACAACAAUUUGUAAACAAAUAUUUUUGCUUAAAAAUCAUCACCUCUUGUGCAAGGCCCAAAAUAUUGGCUGCACGAAGAAGAUGUGAUGCAUUAGUUUUCAGGUACCUUAAAAACUGCAGUACAGUAGUUCUGUAAGCAUUGCAGCAAAUGGUGUGAAUUUUACCGUUUAAAGUUAUUUGGUUAUAAAAAUAUGUUUUGCGAGAGAAAAAUUUUGUGGCGCAUAAAUAGUGCUUAAAGCGAUGUAAUUGACAUGUUAAAUAAUAUUUCCCAUACCCCACUACUAUGGUAUGGUUUUUCUUUCACAAGCACAUUGAUGGGCCGGUUACAUUACUGCGCGAUAUUUUGUUUUGUAUAAAGCAGGUAAUCUUGUCAGUAGCCAUACUUGUUUCUUGAUAAUCACUUUUCUACAGUCAAGCUACAGCAAGGAUGACUAGGCCUUUGGACAUAAGGCUACUAAUAUGUUGUAUGACUAGGUCUAGACAGACUGCUUAUGCAGAGUAAGGAAUGCUUGUGCUUGUCUCUGCAUGCUGCAAUGAGGAACGUUCCUGUCGUGCUUGCUACGAUUGAAAUGCUUAUGGCUAUUUUGUGCUCGUGCACGAAAGAGUUUUGUGAAGUGGUGCCCAGAGCUUGCUCUGUAGGCACAAUCAGCUCUAAAUUAUCUUGCAAUUGUGUUUUGUUUUAAUCUUCCCCAUUCUGUACUGAAGAGAUCUGGAAACUUUAGGUGCCUUUGCCCUUUAGGUAAGCAAGAAUAAUCUCUCGUCAAGAAGAUGUACUGGCUCAAACUAUUCACACAAAACACUUUGUCAGUGCUGCCUCCUUUCUUGCCAAGAAUUGUUAUUGACGAGUAUAUUGUCACUAUUUCAACUGUCGCUACUGCAUGUCCAUAUUAAUUGCAUUGACUUAUUGCACAGGGUUUUCACUAGAUGUUUGCGUUGUAUACCAGCAACAUGUAGGUCACCUGUACAGGAUCUAGUCACCUUUUUUUCUUCCCUUCUCCAGCUGAAAAAAUAUACAUUCAAAUAUUUUUAAUUUGGUAGCCUUGCUUGUGAGGCCACUUGAGAGUCAUGUAAAUAUGGAGCUUGUCGUAUAUUGUACAUCAUAUGUACCAGUUGAUUAAAAGUGCUGUUCACCAAGCGAAAUUGCCCUGUUUCAAUUUGCAAAGUUUUGGUGUUGUUAGGUGUAUCACUCCAUUUCAAACAAAA